AUGACCUAUCAAUUCAUGGAGAUGCAGGGCGAUGUGAAUGACAUCGUGCCCCCUCCCUGCCUCGGACCUUUCCCUUACUCCUACAGCUACGAGCUCUCCAUCACUCAAGCGCAGGGCUCCACCACCAUCUACUUCUGUUAUGACAAGAAGGAUUGUACAACAAGGACCCUGAGUGCCGUGAUCCAGAUGGGAUCGCAAGAGGUCCUGAAGCAGCAAUGUGCUUUCCAGCCGUACCAAGGGCUCUCGGCCUUCGGCGUGACCCCUCUGGCCUCGGCUCCGUCAGUGCAGAAAGAGAUGAAGCCUCAGCGAGUCAUCGGAAACACUCGACUGGACAUCGAACCUUACACGUUCAGCUCCUUUCAUGUUGGGACCAAGGAUCCGCUUGUCUGGGGGAUGUUUUGUAAGCAGUACAACUGGCCGGAUGGCCCUGAUGGCAGGAAUUUCAACUCACGCGGAUCUCUCUACUAUCGCAACACUUGGAGGAAUGAGAACGAAACAUGGUUGUUCAUCAGAGAGAUCAAGAAUUGCCCCUGCUAUCCAGCAUGCGCAGCAUGUGAAGAGCUUGUAGAUGGCACUGUUUGGCUCCGCCGUGUUCAAACAGGUGCCGAAGGGAAGAAGUGUUUAGCAGCAUUUGGCAUCACCGAAGAUGCCUGCCCCUUCACAAUCAUUGGAGUAAGUGGUGGCCCAGUCUUCUUCUACGACAAGAUUCCUCUGCAGGAUGGAUCUCCUCAGGUCCUCAUGUUCAUCACCAUGAAGUGA